AGGGAGGAGAGAGAGAGAGGGAGGAGAGAGGAAAGGCAGGAGGGAAUAGAGAGAGAGAGGGGGAGGAGAGAGGAAAGGCAGGAGGGAAUAGAGAGAGAGAGAGAGAGAGGUGAAGUACAGCGAGACUGGGAAGAAACGAAACCACCCACAACUCUGUCACUCCUCUGGGAGCAGAGUGAGAGGAGGAAGUUUCGGGAACAAAAAGACUUGCCUUUUCCUCUCUCUUUGUAGAGAGAGAGAGAGAGAGAGAGUCUCCCAGCUGCAGCUGAUGUUCAACAGCCAGCUGCUCCUGUCCUGAAUGUUCCUGAGGCCAGAAAGAGGGUCUAAAACAGUCUAAUGUCCGCACCAGGUUACCCGACCGGGCCUUCCACCUACCCCUCCCCCCAGGCCCCCCCGUACCCUGUGUCGCCAUAUGGCUACGGCCCUACCCCCGGACCCCCAGGGCACGAUGCUCCUCCCCUCGGCUUCAUGCCCCACCCCCAGCCCAACAUGCCCCCUCACCCCAUCAGCCCACCGGCCCCUUACAGUGUCCCGGGAGUUCCUGCCCCACCCACGGCCGCCCACCGCAGGCACCCUGAGGAGGAACCUGGCAUCAUUCACAGCCCUCUGAUCGGCGGGUCAGGUGCCAACCGGGAACUGGACUAUCUGGCACAGAUCGAUCAGAUCCUCAUCCAUCAGAAAGUCGAGGUGGUGGAAGCUCUGUUCAGCUUUGAGACCAAGAACAAGUACGUGGUGAAGAACAGCAUGGGCCAGAGGAUCUACAGCGCCAAGGAGAAGAGUGACUGCUGCACCCGCAACUGCUGCGGCUCCCUCCGCUUCUUCCAGAUGAAGCUGCUGGACCACCAGGACCGGGAGGUCAUCCACUUGGUCAGGCCUUUCCGCUGCGCCAGCUGCUGGUUCCCCUGCUGCCUCCAGGAGAUGGAGGUGCAGUCACCGCCCGGCAACACCAUCGGCUACGUGACCCAGACGUGGCACCCGUUCCUGCCGAAGUUCUCCGUCCAGGACGUGGAGCGGGAGACGGUGCUGAGGAUCGUGGGACCCUGCUUCGCCUGUAACUGCUGCGGGGACAUCAACUUCGAGGUGAAGCCUCCUGAUGAAUCCCGGAGUAUUGGUCGGAUCAGUAAACAGUGGAGUGGCAUUGCCAAGGAGGUGCUGACCGAUGCUGAUAACUUUGGGGUGCAGUUCCCCAUGGACCUCAACGUCAAGUUGAAAGCCUCACUCAUUGGAGCGUGCUUCCUCAUCGAUUUCAUGUUUUUCGAGCGAGGGAAGAGCCGUAAACAGCGAGACGGGGUGUGGCAGUAAGUCAGCGUCGAGCGGCCAAGGAGAGACGCGUUGGAGGCCGCCAGGGGUGGGGGGGGGGGUGGGGGCUCGAGAAAUUUCCCGGCCGUCCCGUGAAAUUCCUGCUGUUCCCCCCCACCAAAACCCCACCCUCCCCCCUCUCUCUGUCGGAGGUGGAAAAGGAACGAGCGGGCGAUCACCAGGACCGACGUAACCUCACCCCAGGGGGGGGGGGGAGGAGGUGGGGGGUGAGGGAACGGGAAACGCCAAGUGUUCCCCUGAGACUCAAACCGUUGUCAAUAGGGCACAGAUGUUCCGAAUGUUGCCAUCCCGCGCUCUCCCUGAGCCACGCCUUUGAAGGUUGUCCGAGGAAAUCCUUACACCCGCGCACUUCUGUCCCGGAGCACCGUCACUCCUGCCCCUGAGCCAGGAACCAAACGCCCCUUCUACAUUAAAGCUGACUCUCAAGGUGUGGAACGAAUGAACGAGCGACCUCUGACCCGGGAGAAAUCCGGACACCGACCUGGGGGCAACGUCCGAGCGAGGUGUUCUGCUCCUCCAGGAAAAUCGCAAUUCCGACAGGGAAGAUUGGGAAAGCAUGCCCUCUUUAUGGGCAAUUAUUAUAGUCUCGAUCUGAGUGAGGGUUAAUCAUUGCAGAACUGUGCAGAUCACUGAUUGGACAGUGGGAUCUCCCUGUCACUCUGCAGAUCCCUGAUUGGAUAGUGGAUCGCCCUGUCACUGUGGAGAUCACUGAUUGGAUAGUGGGAUCUCCCUGUCACUGUGUGGAUCCCUGAUUGGGUAAUGGGAUCUCCCUGUCACUGUGCAGAUCACUGAUUGGAUAGUGGGAUCUCCCUGUCACUGUGCAGAUCCCUGAUUGGGUAAUGGGAUCUCCCUGUCACUGUGCAGAUCACUGAUUGGAUAGUGGGAUCUCCCUGUCACUGUGCAGAUCACUGAUUGGAUGGUGGGAUCUCUCUGUCACUGUGCAGAUAACUGAUUGGAUGGUGGGAUCAGGGAUUGCCCCCUAUCUCCUGUUUAUUAAAGCCGGGCAGGUGUAUAGGCCCCUGGCCCAGUGUCUCCCUGACACAGUGAGGUAAUGAGUGAGUGAGUGAGUAGGCCUCAGCAGCGCCUGGGAACUGUGCGAGGUCAGAACGGUGUGGGGGCGGGAGAGACCGAGGGGAGGAGGGAGGUCAGUGAGCCCCAGGGGACGGAGGACAGAAGUGAGGGAGGGAAACUGGGAGAGGUUUGAGGGAAGUAAAAAGCGGGAGGAUGUUGUGGCCGUGGGCCUAGGAGCGAGAGCUGCCAUUGUUUGGGAGCGCCGCUCCAUGAGCCCUCCAGUGGGAGUGAGGCAUGAUGGGGGAACAGUCGUUUCCAUGGCGGGAAGCCAUCUUGGAAUUAUCCAAUCUUUUGGCAACGGACGUUUGCCAGGCUGUUCCGUGAUUCCCCCUAUCCUGGACAACCACGGAGUGGGAUGGAGGGGGCCUGCGCCUCUCGGGGUGCAGUCCGAAGGUGGAGGGGAGGCAAUAAGUGGCCCGGGAGAGAGGAGGGGGUGAAACUGGAAGUGAGACUUGACACCUUGGCGUGGCCAUUCGUGGUAACUACCCGCCAACAGACGGCAGUUGGAUGUACCCCCCUCUGGUUGGAAAGGGAUGGCUUCAUCCCAUGAGUGGCCCUCCCUCGCUUUCCAUCCCCUCACCCCCCCACUCCCCUCACUGCCCCCAAACCAUCACAGAACGCCAGACCACUCCUUCCCCUCGAACAGCACUCUCUUCCCGCAAUCCCGUCCUGGGAUAAUCCCGUCGGCUACAGUUUCCACAACUUUGCAACCAAAGAGUUCAAAGGACUUUGAAUCAGCAGAGAUCCACGGCGUAGGGAAAGGCCCUUCGGCCCAUCGCUGACACUCCGAUCAGAAACAGCCACCUCCCCAUGCCAAUCCUAUUUCCCAGCUCUCGGCCCAUAGCCCUGGCAUCGCAAAUGCCCGUCAAAAUACUUCCUAAAUCUCAUGAGAGUUUCUGCCUGUACCAGGCAGAUUUACCAGAAACCUCUUUUUUUUAAUGUCUUCCACAUGGUAAGGUCCUAGGGAGUGUUGCUGAACAAAGAGACCUUGGAGUGCAGGUUCAUAGCUCCUAGAAAGUGGAGUCGCAGGUAGAUAGGAUAGUGAAGAAGGUGUUUGGUAUGCUUUCCUUUAUUGGUCAGAGUAUUGAGUACAGGAGUUGGGAGGUCAUGUUGCAGCUGUACAGGACAUUGGUUAGGCCACUGUUGGAAUAUUGGGUGCAAUUCCGGUCUCCUUCCUAUCGGAAAGAUGUUGAGAAAUGGUUCAGAAAAGAUUUACAAGAAUGUUGCCAGGGUUGGAGGGUUUGAGCUACAGGGAGAGGCUGAACAGGCUGGGGCUGUUUUCCCUGGAGCGUCAGAGGCUGAGGGGUGACCUUAUAGAGGUUUACAAAAUUAUGAGGGGCAUGGAUAGGGUAAAUAGACAAAGUCUUUUCCCUGGGGUGGGGGAGUCCAGAACUAGAGGGCAUAGGUUUAGGGUGAGAGGGGAAAGAUAUAAAAGGGACCUAAGGGGCAACAUUUUCACCCAGAGGGUGGUACGUGUAUGGAAUGAGCUGCCAGAGGAUGUGGUGGAGGCUGGUACAAUUACAACAUUUAAGAGGCAUCUGGAUGGGUAUAUGAAUAGGAAGGGUUUGGAGGGAUAUGGGCCGGGUGCUGGCAGGUGGGACUAGAUUGGGUUGAGAUACCUGGUCGGAAUGGACGGGUUGGGCCGAAGGGCCUGUUUCCAUGCUGUACAUCUCUGUGACUCUGCAUGUGCCGAUGUACACAUGCAGAGGAGGGCCGUCCUUUCGGUCCAUCUAGCCAUUCUAGAAGAUGGUGGGUUGGUCUGCUUAACUUCCCUCUCUGCACAGCUUACCCCACCUCCCACUACCCCCAGUCCCAACGUCAAUUCUAACCAGGAGCAGUUGGGGCCUGAAGGGCCUGUUUCUGUGCUGUCUGAUUCCCCCACCCCCCUGAGGCUGUGGGGUCUGGAGUCUGACAACUCUUGAGAGUGAACCUCUCCCCCUCCCCCAUCUGUGCCCUCAGAUCGGUGACCCCUCCCCCCAUAGUUGUGAGACAGUGUUUCCGCACCCAUCCCCCUUCCUUAAUUCUGGGCCUUGGCUGGGCGUCCCCUCUCGACAGUUGACCCCAAGGUUAAAGGUCAAAUUCUCGCUCUGUUCGUUACCUCCCAAUCAAUGAUUGAGGUGAUGAGGGGGGAAGGGGGGGGAAUGUGUUUCAAGCAGGGAGUAGCUGAGGCUUGGAUUCCGGCUGGGAAUA